AUGAGCGCACGCGGUGAAGGCGCCGGGCAGCCGUCCACUUCAGCCCAGGGACAACCUGCCGCCCCGGCGCCUCAGAAGAGAGGACGCGGCCGACCCAGGAAGCAGCAGCAAGAGCCAACCGGUGAGCCCUCUCCUAAGAGACCCAGGGGAAGACCCAAAGGCAGCAAAAACAAGAGUCCCUCCAAAGCAGCUCAAAAGAAAGCAGAAGCCACUGGAGAAAAACGGCCAAGAGGCAGACCUAGGAAAUGGCCACAACAAGUCGUUCAGAAGAAGCCUGCUCAGGAGGAGACUGAAGAGACAUCCUCACAAGAGUCUGCAGAAGAGGAUUAGGGGGCGCCGACAUUCGAUUUCUACCUCAGCAGCAGUUGGAUCUUUUGAAGGGAGAAGACACUGCAGUGACCACUUACUCUUU